AUGGCUCCCACCAAAAAGUCCAAGGCUGCCAAGUCCACAGAGUCCAUCGCCUCUCGUCUUGCCCUCGUCGUCAAGUCCGGCAAGUACUCCCUCGGCUACAAGUCCGCCCUCAAGCAGAUGCGCAACGGCAAGGCUAAGCUUGUUCUUAUUGCUGGCAACUGCCCACCGCUCCGCAAGUCUGAGCUCGAGUACUACGCCAUGCUCUCCAAGACUAACGUGCACCACUUUGCCGGUACCAACGUCGCCCUUGGCACAGCCGCGGGCAAGCUAUUCCGUGUUGGUGUCAUGACCGUGUCAGAUCCAGGGGACAGCGACCUCCUCACUGUUGCAGAGGGAAAUGCCCCGUAA